AUGGAUAAAAAAAUCUUGAACCUAAGUUUUAAAAAUGAAAUCGAUAAUCUUAUUUCCUAUCUUGAUACCAUUGAUAUUAAACAGAUAGCAAACUUAGUUAAAUCUUAUUUGAAGGAUGAAGUAAAAUUCUUUGACGAACAUAAAGGAUGUUUUGCAGUGAUACGUGCCCUAUUUAAAGGAUCUAUAGAUGUCCCAGAUAAGCAAGAUACUGAAAAGCAAGAAUUAAGAGUUCGAAGACGCGUCACGAUUAUGCUAGAAAUUGUCAAAUGCGAAAAAGGAAACGAUACUUCCUCGCAAUUUGACAAAAUAAUGUCAGAUCUAGUCGAAUUAUGUAUUAAUGAAGUAGUGGUGGGAUCAAAUAUUUCAAUGAUUAUAGUAAAGGCAUUUGUGGAGGCCACGACAUGCGAAAUUGAGUUACCUUCAGAUAAGUCAUCUGUUGGUACUUCCAUGUCUGGUCCGGAUUAUAAAGAUUACAUAUUAAAUAAAAUAUGCUCGUAUAAAUGGCAUGCGAGUAAUGUUUUAAGCCUAAUUGGAGAGUUUCGUGACAUACUAAUGACAAAUGAUCAGGGUCACAAGCGACUUAUUUUGCGAGGUAUAUCUGAGCAUUUCAAUAGCCUUGAUGAAGAGGUUACCGAAGAUGAAGAGCCAAAUUCUGAUGAACGUGUCGUUUCCAGUAAUUCACUAUCAUUUGCACAACUUAGUCAUAUGGAAGGGACUGUAAUAAUUCACAUUUGCUUCGCUAUCACUCAAGAUCAGGAAUUAGGAAACGAAUUCAUGAAAUAUGUAAAAAUGAGUAAAACUACUUUAUUUACUCCGUUCAACAUAUCCUGCUUACUAUCAAUAGCAAGGAUACUUAGAUUUAAAGAUCAGACACUUGACUUUCUUAAAUCUUCUAUAAUGUCUGCAUUCAAAGAUCGUGAAAAACUUGAAAAGGCGAAGUGGAUAUCUCAUGUUGAUGGUUCUCAAAUUAUCACAUCAGCACCGAUAUUAGAGAUAUUCUGCAAAAUAAUUCGAAAGACUUCUUUUGGUUGGGAUCAAGUUACGCAAAGUUUAGUACAGCUCGGAAUACUUAUAUUAGAUUCUGCUGUUUCAUCGAGUCCAUUUAGUAAAGUUGAUACUUUUAAGAUAUUAAAUGGGCCACCAACAACUUCAAAUGAAAUGGCCGGUGAUUUAGGCACGACCAUUUUAUUCGAAAUGUUCAAGAUGGUUCGUGCCGAAGUACUUGAACAGAUUCUUAGCCGAGUCAUUUCAAAAGCAUCAAGCGUUGGAUACUUUUUGAACUUACUUAAAAUAAUUAUAAAAGAAACACCGCAUUCAUUGCAUAAUUAUAUCUCAAAAAUAAAAGGGACCUUAGAUUAUUUGACAUUUCUACCCACUAAUAUUGCUGAUAUAUUUCUCAAAGCUAUACAACCCAUCAUACUUGUAAAUAAAUCAUUUCGUGAUGGGCUCAUGUUGGUUUUGCGAAAGGGAAUGUCAACUAAGGAUAUGGAAGGACGGCAAAAUGCGUUGGCUGGAUAUUUGCAAUUAUUGAGAAUUACUACAAUUAGAGGUCUCGAUGUGCAGACAAUGUCACAAAUGCCAAUGAGCUCUUCCAAAUCUUUGAGCAGACAAGAUCAAAAUUCGCUCUUCUUUGAAAUAUUAAGAAUAUUACGUAGAUGUUUUAGUCAACAACCACAGAUACGACUAUCAUUGUAUCAAGGAUUGAUUGAUUUGAUGGAUGCAGAGCAAAAUAUAAAACCUAUUGUUUUUGAUAUCUUAUUUCCUCAUGCAAAAACUUCAAUUCACGCGACAAUUCUUCUAGAUUCUUGUCUCAACAGCGUAGAUGGCUCAACCUUUAUUAUAGAACCUCUUCCAUAUUUAUUUUCUUGUAUAAGCAAAUCGAUCACAUCUUCUAAUCAGAACAGUGAUAAUGAUAAAGAUAAUAAUGGUUACGACAAAGGACAACUCCAAAAAUGUAAAGACUUUCUUCAGCUUCUGAUUGAAAGGCUGCUCAAAGCCGAUAUGACGGAAUUCUCGAUUGAUCCGGCUUCUGACUUUAAAAUGGCUAGCAAUGAGGGGAUGCGAAAUAAUUUGUCAGCAAAUCUUUUGCUUGGCUGUUAUGAAGCUGCAAUUGAAUACGUUUUCUUCUCUGAAGAGCAUACUCUUGAUUCAUCGCAAAAAAUUCUGACAUUAUUCAAAAAGUACAUGAUUUUGUAUGAAGUCCUUAGGGAAAAAUCUGUUAAUGUUCGAGGACGUAAAAUAUUAACCACGAUGCCUGAAAGUACGAUUCUAAGCUUCAAAUGCAUAACUGAACUUAUGAAUUUCAUAUUUAGCGAUGAUUUAAGCCAUGCAACUGCGCUGUUAAGAACAGACCCGGAAUUUAUGAUGUAUAUAAUUGCAGUGACGUAUAAUACAAUAUCACAAAGUCCAUCUUUUGAUCCGGACGAUAAUGCGAAAUUUGAGCAUUGCGCAUACUUGGCUCGUGUCAUAAUGAGCAAAUUCAUCAAAGACGAUAAAUGUUGUUCAAAUACUUUUCAAACUGAUGACUCAAGAAAAGAUAAAGGAAAGUCGAGUCUUGCCGUUGCCUUAGAAAGUUUUAUGCUCCUAUGUCAAGCUGUAUCAGCAAGCUGGCCAGAUAAAUUAAAAGAUUUCUUAGAUUUAUCAUAUCAAUCGGAAGAAUUAAAUGAGGAUCGUCCUGACGAUUUGGAUAGUUGGCUUAAUGUGUAUAUUCAAGAAUUUGAGCGUCUUAUAGUUUCUUCGCUAAGCGAACGCACGCCACAAAUUAAUGAGGCAUUAUGGUCAUGUAAAACGAUAUCAUUAUUGUCAACAUAUUAUAAGAACAAGGUCAAAGACGGCGAUUCUGAAUCUCCAGGGCACAUUGAGCAAUUGAUCGCAUGGCUCAAUACUCUAUGUAAAGAACGCGCCAUUGAGGAUACAGGACUUGCUAAAAUUAUUGUCAAUCUUUUACUUAAGUUGGAACGGGACAUAGCGGAUUUCGAUACUGUUGUAGAAAUGUCACACGAUAUGAAUGUUGUGUUAGGUCCUCUUACUGGUCGACCCGAGUCAAACGAAACGCAAUCGCAUACAUAUAUGAUUGUUAAUGCUCGGACAAGCGCAACAGUAUGUGGUAUUUUGUUAGAGUUUUUAAAUGCAAUUUACGAUGAAAUGGAAUGGUAUUUGACUAAGUUAAGAACAUUAUGUGGCUCUGGUAAUGAUUCUGAUGAAACACCUGAAUUAGAAGAAGUUGAGCAAGAAAUUUGCUUGAGAUUGAUAAAACUUAUGAACUCUUUAUUACACCUUGAGAAAACGUGUCUCCAAUCCACCACCUCGGAAAAUUUGCUCAAGUGUUUACAGAAGGCUUAUAAAGUUCUAGUGGCAUUAACCCGAUACAAAAUUACUGAAGCAGGCGAAAUUCAAGCUCAAUUUACUGACGUAAUUAAAUUAGCUGGAGGCGAAUUGACUAAUAAUCUAUAUAACUUUCUUACGGCAUUUGGGCAAGUCAAAAAUAGUGCUUAUAGACUAACAAGCAAAAAAGGAAAGGCAAAAGCUAAGCCAUUAACACAAAAGUCUAGAAUUACUAAAGAGUCCAAAAUAAUACCAGUGUUGAUUUUCAUUUUGGAGCAAUUCGAACGUUAUACUAUGCAACUGUCAAAGAAAUCGAAGACCGAUUUAAUGCAAUACAUUACAACAACCACGUCACGAGACUUCAAAAUAAAAAUUGAAGAGUUGGACAAAGAUACUGAUAAUCAACCAAAGAGGGCAAGGGCUACUACCUCAAAUGAUCAAGAUGAUGAUGAGGCUGAAGAAGGUGGAUCAGAAGAUCAUCGAAGGAGACGUCGUUCAGAUUCAUCAAUGGAAAUUGAUUAA